UGUCACUCAGGCAACCUGGCCUCAUGGACUUGCUUUGUGUGUCUUCCGUCUUCCCUGUCCCGGACCCGGGAGCUGGUGCUCCUCGGGCCUUCGGGCCUCCCUCCAACCCAACGUCGCCCGCGGCCUGUCCCUGCUCCUGCCGCUGCUGGCGAGCCGAGCUGCCCCUGGGGAUCGGGGGUGUGCGCUGAGCGGAGCCGGCUGCCAGGCCCUGUCUCGGGGGUCUUUGUGAGCGCGGGGCCGGGCGAUUCUCUCGGCAGGUGCCUGGUCGGGCCCUUUCCUGGGCUCGCCGCCCCGCGCCGGCUCUUGAGCCUCUCUCGCUGCUCCGCGUCUGCAGGGAAGGAGAGCUGGGCGCAGCCGCGUGUUCUGCUACGCCUGAGCACCCGCCUGCCACGUCGUGGUCAGGCUCGCCGCGGUCCCCCACGGCGCGUUUGGGGCUGGAGCCGCAAAUGCUCCUCGUGUGCCCGGUCCUUAAACCCCCCGGGGUCUGGGUGGUUCGUGACCUCUGUCUGCGGGGGAGUGGGGCAGGAGGGGCAAGGUAGACUAAUGCCUGUCUUGGGUCGUUUUUCUUUGCCAGUUCUGCCUUCUGAGCCCUCUGUCUUCCUCCAAGAGGGUGGGAAUGGCCCCUGUAUUCCUGACAGCGCCAGGCUGCAAAGAGGUCCAAAAGUAUUCAGUGACAUUCAAGGAUGUGGCCGUGUAUUUUACCCAGGAAGAAUGGGGAAACCUGGACCCUUCCCAGAAAGAGUUGUACAGGGAUGUGAUGCUGGAGAACUAUAGGAACCUUGUCUUUUUGGGUUGGGAAACUAGGCCUGGAACCAAGGACACAGUUCAGGAAAGAUUCAGAAAGGAUGGUUUCCAUGACUCUAAAUUGGAAGAACCCUGGGAAUAUUGUGCUAGAUUGCAGGGGCUGCAGCAUAACAAUGCAGAGAAAUAUUCUAGGCAACUCAGACCUUACUCAACAGUUGACUCUGCAUACUAGAGAGAACCCUAAUAAAUAUGAAGAUGUUUUCUGCUGCUGCUCACAAUUUGCCCAACAUCAGAGCCUAUAUACUAGACAGAAGUCUUGUGAAUGCCACAU